ACUUGGAAGAAAGGGGUAGCCAACUCAAAGGUCAGAGUCAGACACAAGGACUUGAAAUACGUGGCUUCACCAGGAGCAAAUAAUGGGAUGGUAGGAUCGGUCAAGUUUCUCAACUCUUUUAAACUGCCAAACCAAAGCCAGAAGCAAAGAUUGUGAACUGGAAAUAUCUCCCAUGGCUCGCAUGGCCUUAAAUCCUCUUACUCUUCCUAGAGUCCGGCCUUACUUUCAUGUUUUAGACUCCACCCAUCUCUUCAAAUCUCCUUUACUUUCUCAGAAUAGAAUUCGCAAGUUCCAAGCCGUUGCUUGUCAAACAAAUCCAACACCCACUGAAACAGAACACUGCAACAAGGAAAAGGUACUUUCAGAGCCUGAUAUAGUCAAAGAUGGCGCUAGCCAAGCUGCAACUUCGUCUGUUGGAGGUGGAUUUUCUGAAUUUCCAAACAAAAAUAUAAAUAGGCGAAUAGCAGUAGGUUCUACCCUUGCAGCAGUGGGACUUUUCUUGUCGUCACGAUUAGAUUUUGGUGUUUCUUUAAAGGACUUAUCUGCUACAGCAGUGCCUUAUGAAGAGGCUCUUUCAAAUGGAAAGCCAACUGUUGUAGAGUUCUAUGCAGAUUGGUGUGAAGUAUGCCGGGAAUUAGCUCCAGAUGUUUUUAAAAUAGAGCAGCAAUACAGGGAUCGUGUGAAUUUUGUUAUGUUGAAUGUUGACAACACAAAGUGGGAACAGGAACUUGAUGAAUUUGGUGUCGAGGGUAUCCCGCAUUUUGCAUUCCUGGACAAAGAUGGGAAUGAGGAGGGCAAUGUUGUAGGCAGGCUUCCGAGGAAGUACUUCCUUGAGAAUGUGGAUGCUCUUGCCCGUGGUGAGGCAUCAGUUCCUCAUGCUCGUGUAGUGGGAGAGUAUUCAAGUGCUGAAUCCAGGAAGGUGCACCAGGUUGUUGAUCCCAGAAGUCAUGUCUAGGUGUUACCUUCUCGUGAAAUGUGACCCAUUAAUUCCUCAGUAGAAAUACACAUACAAGGUUCUUAUUCUAUGGCCGGUGGCUAUACGGUAAUUAAUUGCAGAAUUCAAUCCAGAAAUAGUUCUUUGUCCUGUAAUCAGUGACAAUAUGUUUCUGAAAUCUUUGAAUAGUACAUCCUGUUAUGAAUUCUAAACAGGGGAGUUCUUUUUUAGCUCUGAGGUUUGGCAUUCUAUAAAAGCAGUCCACAAUUGCCAUGCAAAAUAGUAUCCUCAGGGCAUUGUUCAGGUUCAAAGGAGUGACACUUUAUAUCAAUUUGUUUCAGUUAUUUUAAGAUAUUUUUA